UUUUAGAAAAAAAAAAUACACUUUUUUGCAUUACUUUUCCAAUACUUCUUUUACAUUUUUCUUAUUUCCCUUCAUUUAUACCAACUCACAUAAAUGUACUUACACAUGUACAUACGUAAAAAUACAAAAAUUCCAUAUUUUUCUAUCGUUUUGCAAUCAAUUUUAACAUAGUGCCUUAUUAGGCAUGUGUUAGUAAAUCACUUUUAUAAUAUUGCUAAAGCCAUCACAUUUGUAAGAAUAUUGUUUUUAUUAAAUUUUGUGAUAAUGUAUAAAUAAAAAAAAUAUUUUUUCCAAAGAAUUUUAUCCAAAUUUUUUCUGCACAAAUCGCCACAAACAUUCACGAUGUUAAGUGUUUCCGCGACUACAGAUCUCAGUUCUUACUGCUGGAUUGUGAGAUGCAAACAGCAAAAAUGAACACGAAAACAAAAAUAUCUAUUAAAUAUCUUAGCAACCCUUGUUAAAAAACAUCAAUUCACAAUAAGCCCACAACAUAGAAAAGUAGCCGGUGAUGUCUUGUUUUAUAUUGAACACAAAUCAUGUCGUCCAAUACUAAAGUAAGUACUUUUUUUGUUUCGGAGAAAAUUUCCAAAGUUCGAUGGUUGCCCGAUUACUUAAAAGAGAGUGAUGGUUUCUUAAGUGGAAGUUGGGAUAUGCCAAAAUCAUUUGUUAGGAUGUGGCGGUUGCAGAAAAAUAUGAUGGGUGACACUUACAGUGAUUAUGUGCCCAAAUGCACUGGUAAACACCUUGUCGGUGGCGAUGUAACGGGUUUGGAAUUGGUGGCAGAAGACACUGUAGUUGUGAGUUGCAGUGACGGCAAACUCACUUUAUUCAAAAUUAAACGUGGUGUUGAAGAAGACAUAUUGCAGCAAAUAACUCAGAGUGGAUUAUUACACAGCGUCAAUGGCAAUUCAACCCCAUGCACAGCAAUUUCGGUAUGUGGCAAGGAAGUUGCAUCCGUUGGCGAAGAUGGUCGCUUGAAUAUAGUUGACAUUGGAAAUUCUCUAACGAUUCGCCGUUCUACUAUAGCGGAUAGCUGUUCCUUGUUAUGUGUGCUAUACAGUAAUCCCCAAGAAGUAUUAACAGCGAAUCGUAUGGGAGUUAUACGAAUAUUCGACGUUCGGUCUCCGAUGGAAGCGGUAGCGGCUUUCAUAACUUCUUGUGAAGAUGAUAAACGCAGUAACUAUGUUUCUUCUUUGGCUGCACACCCGACCCAAUCACAUAUUGUAUUAGCCGGGACUGAAGAAGGUUCAAUAACAGUUUGGGAUUUGCGGCAACCGGGUAAUCCGGCUUCAUACCUAAGUGCUCACAACACUCCAGUAACCGAAAUCCGUUUUCAUCGUUCUGAUCCUUCGAUAUUAUUUACUGCGGCUGAAUGUGGAGAAUUGUGGCAAUGGGCGCAGCUGCCAAACAUUGUCGAUUCUGAAAAGCUAGAUAAAAUGAACCCCUGGCUUAGCGGUGAGCGAACGAAAAGUCGAAUUGCCGUUUCAUGCCUAAUAACCGACUUGAGGAAAUCUAUUAAUACGCUCGAUUCGCAAAACUCUAAAACUAUUUGCGGUGGUGACACUGAAGCCUUGCAUCUCGUUGAAACUAUUCCUUAAAAAUAAACAUAAUUUUUUAACUAUAAAUGCUAGAUAGCAA